AUGACCCAAAAGGGGUUGCAAGUAAACAAACCUGGGUUGACGUUGUGUGACCCUCCAGAUCCAUCCGUACCCCGUGUUUUCUCCACAUUCUCCAAACCCCGGAGUCCGGAACUUCCCCCUCUUUGUUUCUUUGUCAGGGUGUCUUUCAAUCAUGCAUCAAGGUUGCACUAUGUAGGCGCAUCAUCCUGCGUGCCCACCACCAGCCCACCCUGCACGCGUGCUUCUGAAAGACGCCGAACGCUCUGCCCUUGGCGGUCCAACUUGUUGCCUUGGCUCCCCUUCCGAUCACGUUGGUACCAGGCCGCGCAACCUGAUAUCGGGCACCGGGGAUCCAAGCCUCCUGAAACCCCGUCCAUCAUGAUAGACCACCUCCUCGGACGACCGUCUGCCAAGUCUCGGAGACUGCAGGUACUCGCCGUAUUAGGCUUUUGGUCCGCCUACCUCAUCAAGGGUCACAAACAUGGCCCGCCCGGCUUCCGCAUCUUCUCUCGCCUUCUCUCCCGACGUCUGACAACAUGGCAAACCGUCAUCUUGACCAUGAUCUACCUGUACGCGGCCCGCAACUUUAGCACCCUCGUCGGGCUCGCCAGCCCCGAACCCAUGGCCAACAUGUAUGACGCCGCCUACUUCCGGGCCACGUGGGUGCUGACUGCGUUGGACGCCGGCUUCUGGACCGCCAUGAAGAUUAAACAAAAGUGGCUGCGCGAUAUCUCCAGCAUCGCCUUCUCGCUUUUCUACCUCGUCGCCGCCGAAAAGGCCGACGAAAAGGUCCGCAAGGUGCGCGGCAACCUCACGGUCGAGCACCUCCGCGUCAGCUGGAACAAGGGCGUCACGUCGCCCUACCUCCGCUUCGUGCAGAAUCUGAUGCGACCACGGUUUACGCGGUGGCCGCCCAGGCAGAUCAGGAUCCCGAGGCCAGCGACGAGCGAUUACAAAGAUCCGGUUGCCGCUUGGCUGUACUAUGAUGGUCCGUUGGCGGAUCUGGAAUAUCAUAACAAGAUCAUCUUGGAUAUCCCUGGUGGCGGCUUUGUGGCCAUGGAUCCGAGGUGCAACGACGAUAAGCUGUUUUCUUGGGCCGCCAAAACGGGAUUGCCUAUCUUGAGUUUGGACUACAAGAAGGCGCCCGAGUUUCCUUAUCCGUAUGCGCUGAACGAGUGUUAUGAUGUUUACAGUACCAUCAUCAAGACCAAGGGGCGGUGCAUUGGCUUGUCCGGACGAGAGGUGCCCAAGAUCGUAGUCACGGGUGAUAGUGCGGGAGGAACGCUGGCGACUUCCAUGACGCUUAUGAUCGUUGAGAGCGGUUCGUCGCCUGUUCGUCGCUUUCAGGGAGAGGCCAACCUCAAGGUACCUGAUGGCUUGAUUCUCUUUUAUCCUGCGCUGGAUAUGAACAUUGGCAGCUGGAUGUCGGAUGAGCAGAUGGCGUUGAUCAAGGACCGAAGAAUGCGCGGAACCAACAAAAGAAUCGUCCAGCGCAAGACGUCUCAGUACAACGACUUGGUCGGCACCCCCGCCCCAUCGGACGAUGAAGACGACGGUCCUUCAUCUGGCCCCAACCCCGAGCCCAGCCUGGUCAAGGAGAAGGAGCCAUUGUCAGCAGCUCGCUCAGCACCGGAAUACGCGCACUCGGGCCCUUCAACCUGGUCGCAUGCCGACAUUCCUUCCCUUUCCUCUUCCAGGUCCGAGAAAUCCAAAACCACUGAGAAACAACCCAAAGCAAAGUCCUCUGCUGUCGUAACGACAACCACCCCCUCACCCACCGCCGCCCCGCAUAGCCACCACCCCCAGCCCAUGCGCACCCGCCUCGCCAUGUCGUCCAUGAUCUCGUACUUUGCCGACCGUGUCCUCACGCCCGAAAUGAUGCGCGCAAUGAUCAUCCUCUACGUUGGCCCUCACAACCGGCCCGACUUCUCCUCCGACUACCUGCUCUGUCCCAUUCUCGCGCCCGAUAUCUUGUUAUCCAAAUUCCCCAAAACCUAUUUCUUGACAGGCGAGCGCGACCCCCUUGUAGACGACACGGUCAUCUUCGCCGGUCGUUUGAAGAGGGUAAAAGCGGCCAUGGUCGCUUCUGAUGGGACCAGGACGCAGUAUAGAGAGGAAGACGUCGACGAGGCGAUUAGAAAGACAAAUGGGAAAUGGGAUGGAAAGCAGGCGGCUGAGGUGGCGCUGGUGCCGGGGAUUAGUCAUGGGUUUUUGCAGUUUGCGGGGGUGUAUCCGCCUGCGUGGGGAUUGUUUGGCAAGAUUGCGGGGUGGAUGGGGGAGGUGUUUGCAGAGGCGGAAAGAAAGGAGAGGGAGGAGGAGAGGGCGAGGAGGAAGAUGGGCGUUGCUGGUGGUGCCAAGUUGGAAGAGAAGGCUGAAACAGGAGCGGCUGGAAGGGGGACAAAUGAGAAGGGUGUCGGUUUCGGGGCAGUCGAGGAACACUCAGCUGAAGAAAGAACGGGGAGACAUCACCGUCGCCGCGGGACAGGAGGAACAGAAAGCAGCGCCGACGAAGACAAGCCAUUGGAGAUGGGCGGCAAAGCCCGAACAAGAGGAAGAGUGGCAUUGAAGAAUGCCGGCUCUAUUUCUGAGGGGAAUGCUUCAACCUCGGCAGAUGCUAUGGAAGGCAUGGUGAACGAAGACGGGAUCCAUGUCGUCGAGGGAGCAGAAGGAGAUGAGGAAGCCGGGAGUGAUACAGCGACUGAGGCAGCGAUUGCGGCGAAUACAAAGGUCAAAGCGAAGAAGGCGCCAAGGAGGAUGAAGCUGAGGAGGGUCAAAGUGGGCGAUGAGGAUGGGGCGCUGUUGGUGAGGCUGGAUAGCUCGGAUGAUAUUUUGGGGAGGAGGAUGCAGGGGUUGGCGGGAGGGUUGACGGGGUUGCAGGAGGCGGAAUGAGUAGGUAGGCGGGUGAGGUGUUGAAUGAUGAUUUUAUGAGCUAUGAUGGUUCUCGGUAUAGCUGUUGUUACCUAGGAAAUGGAUGAAUGUUGAACUUUUAAGAAAAACGAGGUUUGAUUU